UGCAGCACGUUGGCCCUUUGCUCUGUUAAUCCAGUGAACACUCACUACGAUCUGCCUCUAUGCUCUGCUCUACUCUUGAGCUCUGAUGAUCCAACAAAUGAAUGACUGGACACCUCACUCUGAGAAGACACCAACAUUCUGUCCGGGAUUAUAACACUGCUGUGAACGUCAUCAGAUCAGAGCCCAUUAAUUGUGUGCUGGGGCUCCACUGGACUCAGUUGGGCUAGUUGAGUAUGAGGUCCCAUGCCUGCACCGUGACUUUCCUCCUGCCUGUUGCUCUUUACCUCUGUCUGGCCCCUGUGUGUUGGGCUGUUGCGCUCCCUAGCUCCUGUGGCGUCAUCUACAAGAGCUUUGCUCAGUGUCUCCUCACUCUGGGGGACAGUCUGGGUGACACACAGAAAGAGCAGAGCAAACAGGACAUUGACACAGUCUGCAGAUCAUGGGAUGCAUUCCAUGUGUGUGCGAAUGCGGCACUUGCCAGUUGUCCUGGAGAUGCAGCGGCUGUGUGGGAGUCUCUGAGGCAAGAGUCCAGGAAGACACAGUUUUCUGGAAACCUCUAUGACAUGUGUGCCAGCCGCACCACACUGGCACCCAAUACAGUGCCCGUGCCACCCUCCCAGAGGCCACCAACGUCAGACCAGACCAAUCAAGAAACUCUAAAAGGGUACACGCAUCACCUUGGACCCGCCUACACCACGCUUCUGCUCUCAGCAUGCAUCUCUCUACUGCUCCUGCUCAGGAUGUAGCCCUGGCCUCCCUCAGACUGCUAUAGGUUCUCUGUGAGCCUUGUGUUUAAAUGGACUGAGCAUCAAAUUAACCAACACACACUUGUAAAAACCCCUCACUCCAACACACGCAAGCGCACUCCAAAAUGCAUACCUCCUCCAACACGCAUCCACACACACACAGAAACGCAAGAAAAGACUCCCAAGCGUUAUGGACAUCAUUAUUAUGCAUAUUAUGUCAAAUAAAAUUUCUAUGUCAACCUCUCUGUGCAAUUGUCUGUAUACCACCUAUCAUUUAUAAGAGGGAAGUACUGACAUUACUGAUACUGACAUUACUGAUACAGAGUUGCUCUACAAUCUACAGAUUGUGUGAACUCUGUUUUUAUAUGUGACAUGUGUAGUGGGGCAAUAUUUGAUACAUGUAUGUAUGCAUAUGUUAUAUAUACCUCACAUGCAACUUGUAAAUAAGACUAAGCAAUAAGCCCAUUAACUGAAUUCUGACUUCAUAAG